AUGCUAAAGAAAUCUUUUAAAUGUUCCUAUCUAAAUAUUGAUACUAAACUUAAUAAAAAAGAUUAUAUAAAAAUGGAUAAAAAGCAAAUACAGGAAGAAAAGAAACAUGUACAAUUUUUAUCAAAGGAAGAAAAAAAUGAGAUGCAUAAUAUAAUUAACAGGGAUUUAUUAGGAAGCACGUGUGAUAAACUUGAUUUACAAGAAUUUUAUAUGGGUAAAUUUAUUUAA